AUGUCUUUGCGUGCGCUUCAAAACGCGGAUAUCAUACACGAGAUCAUCGAGCAAUAUGCAGAUCUUGAGCGAGGAUGUACGACAGGCGGACAGCGACGGCAGGUCGCCUCUCUGUGCAGAGUGUGCAAGACGUUCUACGACCCCGCCGUCAAAGUACUUUGGACGCUACUUCCUUCGCUGCGCCCUCUACUCUCGCUCCUCCCCGAAUUUGAUGGAGCAUAUCGAGCGUACGUCGAAAGCAAAUCCACAGAGCCCUUCGAAUGUAAUCUCUCAGAGCCUGUCAAUCCGGAGGCUUGGACGCGCUUCAGGGUGCACGCUGCUCUGGUCCACCACUUGAUCUACGACCAUAGUCGUCCGAUGAGACAGAUCGUUUCGAUCGACGGCUGGUCGCACCUCGACCGUCUCUUGGCUGGUACGCCGCUUCUCCCUUCCCUACGCGAAUUGGUGUGGGGGCCCAUUCGCACCUGUGAAGACCUCGGACUACUGGCAUCCCCAUCGUUGAGCUAUCUCUCCCUACACGGCACCUGGAGUACGGAGCAGGGUUCGGACGACGUUAUCGUAGUUGCGCUUCAAGACGUUCUUACCAAGACACCCGCGCUCACCUCUCUUCGACUCGCCGAUUUCGGCAGCGACUUGCUGGCUUUGUUUCCGCCGGAUCAGCUUAGUCGCCUGGAAGAUGUACACAUUGGCGUCCAGGAUCUAGAGAAACUGGCCCGCAAGCCGUGGCAGUCCUCAGACUACGGGUUCCCCAACGCUGACUCCCUGCGCGUCUUAUCCACCCUACCCGCGCUCAAGCACCUCCAGAUCGACUUCAAGUCUCAGCGUCCCGGGCUGGACUUCGAAGGGUUUCGCACGCUGAGGAAACUACGUGUAACCGACUACGGCGGCGAUGUUCUUGCACUCCUCGCGACGCUUUCGUCGCCCGACCUCUGCGAAAUCACCGUCGUCUUCUCAAGUGUCACGUUCAAUCCCACCUUCACCUGGGUCGACGUGCGCCCCCUCUGCUGGACCAUCGCGCAGCGUUCCCCACGCCUGGAGUCUAUCACUCUCCUGUUCAUGUCUCUCCGCAACGUGGCGCGAUCUCCGGAGGCGACUCUCGACGCCCUGAGACCUCUCCUCGACCUACGCUGCCUGAAGACGUUGAGGUUCUGGAGCAUGAAGGAGGCAGUCGAGUUUUCCGAUUCUGUCUUGGGGGCGUUCGCCGAGGCGUGGCCCGCACUCGUGUCUCUCAGCCUCUGCUGCCAUACAGACCGCAUGAUGUCAUUGGUAAACCCCCCUGGAGAACCCGAACCCGACUCGCAGGCGGUCACUCUACGCGCUCUGGAGAAGUUCGCUAAACACUGCAAGAGCCUGGAGACCCUUCGCCUUCCCCAUCUAUACGUCUCGCCCACGGACGUCGUAGAUCCUUCGGCGCCUCUGGGACUACGGCUCCACGCCUUAGGCAUUUGCAAGGCGAACGUCGCGGACGUGGGUGCAUGCGCCCUCGCCAUUGGGUUCUUAUUCCCGCACAUCCAGACCCAGGCGUCAAUGGAUCAGACGCUAUGUAUCAACUCGUUUGCGGCUAGUCUUUCGGGAUGGAGUGAUGUGCUGCUCGCUGUAGAGAGUAUGCGUAAAGAAGAGGCGGCGGCAGGCGCUGGGAAUCCCUCCGUGGCCUGA